AUGGCUUCCAAGCGGCGCAGCGUGGUGCUGCACUUCGACCUGAACCGCACCGUGCUCAUGUCGGACGCCGCGGGCGGGCGCACCAUGGAGAACACGGUGGACUACCUGCUGUCCGAGUGCACGUGGGGCUACGUGAACCCUUCGAGCCCGUCCGAGUGGGUCUGCGUCUCCGACGCGUCGUCCAUCGAGCCCCCAAGCGCCGACGCCCACAAUGUAGCCAAGCUGAUCACGUACAAGCAGUUCGUGGACGAUGCCCACCCAUACCAGUGUCUGGCCACGGCUGCGGGCAGCGACAUCGACCACAUCAAGGCGGUCAACAAGGCGGCCAAGAAGAAGCGGACGGCGCUGCAGUCGGCCUUCACGGGCGGUGACAAUGCGCCCGGUCGUCGGGUGCGCGGGUCCUUCGAGGAGGUCAUGCAGAAGCUGCACUUCCCCGAGGGAGCGCAGCGUGACGCGGCCAAGCAACUUGCAGCGUCGAUGCCCAAGUCCCGCCUGCAGGAGGCGUGGAGCGAAGGUCGGUACUAUCUGCUGCCGUCGUUUCUUCAGUUCUUGUCCUACUUGGCGUCCCCCCAGGUGGCCGACAAGGACGUGGAUGUGAAGCUGGUAUUCCGCACGUUCGGUGACGAUAUCGUUGAGGUCGCCAGGGAGCUGGAUCUGCUGGUGGACGGCCAGCAUCCUGUCGGUCUGCCGGCGCUGCCGGAGAAGUUCCGGCUGAAGCUGGAGCCGAGUGAGCGUCGGGUGGGCACGUUCUACCGCGACGGGUUUGGUGCGGACGGCACAGCGCUGGCGGUGGGAACGCUCACGAAGGUGCCGUUCUCGUCCAAGCUCGCGGAGGAAGGUGCGAGUGCGCCGAGCAAUUUCUACGCGGCGAACGACCCGGAUGUCAAGGUCGUUCGGGGAUUCCAGCCUAUCCAGGAGACGCUGGAGGGCAUGCUGAAGGGGGCGAGUACGCUCGCGCUCCGUGAUUACUGGGAGUGGUGGAGCGCCCACGCCGAAGACGGCCAGUACGGCAAGCUGCUGCUGAUUGAUGAGGAAAAGGCGGAGAAGGAUGGAGAGGUUGCUGUGUUCUUUGACGAUCACGUUGAGGCGCACCACUCGCACAUUGUGGAUGUGCGCGAUGCUCGCUCGGGCGCACCGGUGGACUUUGAGAAGAGCCGUGGCAAGUACCUUCAGAGGGUGGAGCCGUUCGCGGCCAUCACGGACCCGAACUACUUCACCGCGCUGUUCGACAAGUACGUGGCCACGUAG